AUGACCAACAUUCAAUCAGAAGUGUCGUCGCUCAAGGUCAGAGCCGACUCGGCAGAAACCAAAUUGAAAGAAAUGGAUACAGGUUUACAAUUUGCAAAUGCCGAAGUUGAGGAUCUCAAAACACAAAGCAAGAAUAAUCAACAAAGUAUCGUAUCCCUAAAAGAGCGUCUUCUCUAUCAGGAGGUCUACAACCGCAGAGAGAAUUUACGAUUUUUUGGCCUUCCUGAAAGUACAGAGUCGACAAUUGAAGACUCAAGCGAAGUGUUGUACCGUUUCUUGGAAAGAGAUCUUGAUAUCGAAGGGGCUCGUAAUAUUGAGUUUCAGAGAGUUCAUCGCCUCGGAAGGAAAAAAGAAGGCGCCUCGCGCCCCAUCAUCGCACGUUUCCUUAGAUAUCCUGAUCGGGAACGGGUCUUUAAAGCUGCUUUGGAAGCACAGGAUGAGAUUGAUGUUAAAGUGUAUGCAGAUCUACCUAAGGAGAUACAAGAAAAUCGGAAGAACCAAUGGCCACGAUUAAAGCGCGCAAGAGAGGAGGGUAAAACUGCCUACUUUAGUAGAAAAGAGCCGGACAAAUUAUUUAUUGAGGGACGUUUCGUUGCUUCAUAAUAUUUUUUUUUUUCGGUGGGUCAUAAUUUAAUAUUAAACUUUAUUUAGUUUCAUAGCGCGGGAGCACUUUUUGCAUAUUCAAUUAGUGGUACCAAAUCCCAUAGGCUGCGUGUUAGAUAAUAUGUGACCCUCCACAGGACUUUAAUGCUAAAGGUGAAAGCACGCGCACGACACGCUUUCACUUUAAAACAAAGAAUUUAUUUUAACACGCUUUAGCACGCUUGCAAUCUUGCCUCAUUAGCAAUUUCUUUUGUUUCAGAGGACACGCUUGAGACAAUUAAGCGUGAGCAAGUCGAACAAAAGAGCGUGUUAAAGUUUUCAAACAAAAGCUCCGUGCGAAAAAGCACAACACGCUUUCAGUGUGCGCAAAAGCACGCAAGGCGUGUUAUCUAUAAGCUAAAUAAAUUUCCUCUACAAAAAGGAACCGUAAAUGAUUAUGAACGGCACCCUUUUUUGGUAACUAUCGAGAAAGAAAAAGUUAUACCUCAGCGAUCGCAGCGAUAGUAUCUGAUUGAAAAAAACGUCGCUUGAAAAGUAUAAACAGUGAACGGUGUGACCUACUGGAUUUAUGGGUAGAACUAUAUUAGCAUUGCAAAAUCAAAGUUCUUUCCAAUUUAGCUUCCAAUUGAAAGUUUUAGGAAAGUGAGAAUUUUAUCGUAUUUUCGGUUCCGAAAAUUUUAGGAUUCCUUAAUUCUCUACGAAAAAUAGCUUAACUGGGGAAUGAAAAGGAAAAAAUUAGACUUCAGAAAAUCGUAAGGAAUUUAUUAGAUAACCUUCGAAAAUUGUACAUGCAUGGAACGGUCAUCUAGAAAUGUUUAGCCUUCCUCAACCUAUAGAAAAUUCUAGGCAGUUUUUGUUUCUCCGAUUUAAUUACCUUCGUUCGUCUCAGCAUGGCUUAAAGAAAUGUAUUAAACUAAUUUAUUCAACUUCAUUUCUCUGCGCAUUACUGCCAAUAAAAUUUUCCGGUGGCAUAACUAUAAUUUUCAGGCGACAUAACUUCAGUGCCUCGCAUGCGAUAGCAGGCCUCUUUGCGAUUCCGGUCAACAGCCGACAGCCGGAGGAAUUGGUUUACACUGAUCUCGCGUUAAUUCCAGGCUAGACCACCAUUAAGCCGUGAUUUUCAAAUGGCCACGGUUACUAUCAAAUUCCAAAACAGUCUCAAUUGGUAUAUUUGAUUCACUUCGACCAGUUAUCAAUGCUGAUUAAACCCGCUGAAAACCCAGGCCAUUUUUAUCAUCUUAGCGGUUUUAGUAAUCAAACGUGUUCAGCGUGUCUUACCCCAAUUGCACGCUAACCGUGCUAUAAUUCGCACACUUACCGUGACAUAUGGCACGCUACAAAAAAACAAAAGGUCUAGCGUGUUAAAUUUGCCAAAACAAAGGCAAGUGUGUCCGUCUUUGCUUUUUCAAUUUAAUAUGCGCAUAUCCGUGAUCUACGGCACGCUAAGCGUGUCGUGCAAGCGUGUCGUGCGCGUGCUUUCACCUUUAGCAUCAAAUUCCCGUGGAGGGUCACAUAUUAUCGGCAGCCAUUAUAUCCUAUUGUUGUUUGUGUUAAAUGUUUUGUGUUUUUUGACAGUACGCUGUGCUAUUAUUCCUUUCGUUGUUAAUUUAUGUAUUUCUUGUGUACCAGUUGUCAUCUCAAGAUUAGGCAAUAACGUUACGAGAGGAAGGAUUAUACUGAUUUUAAAUUAUUAUCCUUGAAUGUUCGAGGGAUUCGCUCCGCUACGAAGAGAAAAGCCCUUUUUAUGUGGUUAAAAGAACAGAAAUCGGAUUUUAUUUUUUACAAGAAACCUACAGUAGAGCAGAAGUUGAAGAUAUCUGGAGAACACAAUGGCAGGGUAAGCUUUUCUUUUCACAUGGUACUUGUCAUGGCUGUGGGGUAAUGGUUCUGGUUAGAGGUGAUUUAGAUUUCAAUUUGAUAUCGAUUAGGACGGACGAUGAAGGUCGCUAUAUUGUAUUAGAAGCUGAAGUGCAAGGAGCAAAUUUCUUAUUGGUAAACAUUUAUGUUCCUAACAAAGUUCAGGAACAGUGCCGUUUUAUUGAAAAUCUGAAUUCGACAAUCGAUGAUGUUAUUAAAGAUAAUGAACCUAAGCUUGUUGUGGGUGGGGACUUUAAUGUUACGCUGGAGUCAGAUCUGGACUGCUCGGGUGGAAAUCCAGCUCAAAAGGCUUCAGUUAAAAGUAUUCAGGAUUUGUGUCUUGAUUUUGAUCUGGUCGACAUCUGGAGAAUUCGGAAUCCUACCACUCGACGUUUUACGUGGAGGCAAAGAAACCCAUUUAUUCAAAGAAGGCUAGACUUCUGGCUAAUAAGUGAUGUCUGUCAAGAAGACAUUGAAGGAACCGAUAUUAUUCCGUCAAUAAAUUCUGAUCAUUCUGCGAUCAUUCUUCACUUCAACAAUAUAGACCGGCAAAAACAUGGCCCUUCAUUCUGGAAAUUUAACGCUAGUCCACUUAAUGAUGAAAAUUUUGUACUUUUAAUCAACCAAAGUGUUCCGCUUUGGCUAGAUGAGUUUAAAGAGGUAAUCGACAAAAGAGUAUUAUGGGAUUUGAUUAAGUACAGGAUAAGACAGGUAACGAUAAAUUAUAGCAAGGAAAAAGCUCGACAAAGAAGGCAAAAGAUAUCUGAUAUUGAAAACUCUCGCAAAGUCUUGGAGGAAUAGUGCGGUAAUAACCCUACUACCGAGAAUAUCGAACAACUUGAAAUUUUGAAAUUGGAACAUGAAAAUAUUUAUGAGGAAUUUUCAAAGGGAGCAAUCAUUCGGUCGAAGGCAACUUGGUAUGAAAAGGGAGAGAAAAGUAACAAAUAUUUCCUCAAUCUAGAAUCUCAUCGGAAGGCUAAAAGUUCAGUUCGUAAGGUUUUUAGCGAAGAAGAAUUGUUAGUCACUGACCCUAAAAGGAUUUUGGGGGUUAUUGAAGGCUUUUAUUCUGGUCUGUAUAAGAAGGACGAUCUAGAACCCUCUGAAAAUCUGAUGAAUACCUCGUCUCUCUGUUGACGAUUCUCAAGUGUGUGAAGGGAAGUUAACAAUUGAAGAAUGUGUGAAGAGCCUCAAUUCUUUUGAACCCACUAAAUCUCCAGGCAACGACGGGUUAACAGUUGAAUUUUACAAAUUUUUUUGGAACAUAGUUGGGGAAUUACUGGUAGCCGGCCUCAACUACUCUUACGACGUCGGAGAAUUAUCAAACUCACAAAAGACAGCAAUUAUAAUAUUAUUGGAAAAAAAAGAUAAGGAUAAAAGAUACAUAUCUAACUGGAGACCAAUAUCUCUGAUCAAUGUCGAUGUUAAAAUAGGAUCGAAGGCGAUCGCUAAAAGACUGGAACGUGUCCUGGGCCCGGUUGCAUAAAACGCCCGUAACAGUUACGGGUAUACGUACGUGUACUCGUAACUUAAAUGAGUUGCAUUAAAUCACUUACGUGGUCCACUUAGGGAUUUCACUUAAGUGACUGCACUUACGAUUUUCGUAAGUAUCCACUUAAGUGUCAUUUAUACAACAGAAAUUGCGGGUGUUGCAUAAAACUUUUUUUACGGGAAAAAUGGCAAGUAAAUUUACGGGACCUAUGUAGGUCCCGUAUCCUUAUUGUUUCUACUAAAGUUAACGAGAUCUUUCACUGAGAAGUGAAAAAAAAGUUUUUCAUUUAAGGGACUGUGCAAUAAUUAUCAGGAGGGGGGGCUGAAAAACUGGAGGGGGGGCAUUACAUAAAAUUUCUGCCAAGAUAGGGGGCUCAAGUAAAAUCACUCAUUUGACGGAGGGGGGCUAAAAUAAGAGUGUGUCCAUGAGAAAAAGGCAGAACCAGGCUCAUUUUCGAAACGGCACAAAUGUUAGGGGGGCUUAGCUUAUGUGACAGAAUUUCACAUGUUGCAAACGUCCGACAUCUUUGACAUUAAAUGGAGCCCGCAUUUUUAAGCAGCGGUCGCCACCAUACGGAAACAUUGUAUCGGGAGUCAGGAACCAGGAGCCAGGAUCCAGGAGCCAGAGUUCAGUGAACAAAAUGACUUUCCGACAUUCUCUGAGAUUAUUUUAUUGUUAUUGUAUGCUGAUAAAUAAUUUAGAAUUCCAAAUCUUUUGGCAACUUUAUUGAGACCAUGAUUAUAAAUGAUCCCAUGUCUUCUCCAACUCGGAGAUAGAAGUCGUUUUGUCUUCGUGUUUUGGAAAGAACUAUUUUUUUCUAUUUUAGUUGCACGUGAAAUAGCAGCGAAGUGAAGCCGGAUGUUGGUGCAGGCCAGUUCAAAGAGACAAAUAAAGCGUGAGACACGUCCAGAUUGGCUUGCGACAAGAAUUCCAUUUCUUUUUUUUUCAUACUGGAGUCCCUUCUCCCCGGAGAAGUGUCCAAAUUGCGUACAAAUGCCCUACUUAAGUUUUAAAAAUGUAAAACUGCAGGAGGUCUUUAACGAGGAAAAGUGCGGACAAAUUAAACAAGGAACGCAGAGAUCAGACCAUUGCAUCAUGGAAAAUUCUCAAUCAGACUGUCAUCGUAAAAGUGGUCAAAGAGAUUCUAAAUACAGGCAUCAUGAUAGACUGUAACAAAUAUCAACACGAACAGCUGUUAAACGAUUAUUGAAAAUAUUCCAUCAAAAUGAAAAGCAAAUUCACAACUGAUCAAUUUUAACCCGUCUUCUAAUUAAUUGAGCUCAUCCUAUGUAAAGCAAAAAUCAUGAACUUGUUUUUCAGCUUCCCCCACAAAACAAUGGGAAUCUCGUAGACAAGCUUUGUCGGUUUUUGUGAAUAAAAGUAAUGUUUCUUCAUCGACUGAUCGUGAAUCGAUUUUCUGAAUUCCAUAUAUAUGUGGCUCAAAACAAAGUUCAACAGGCUCUCCUCCCAAGGAUCUAAAUAUAAUGCAAGCUCUUUUUCGUUUGUCAUUUGAAGCGUUCAACUCCUGUUCUUUGAUUUUUUUCUCUGCUCCUUUCUUUUUCUGGCUUCAGAAAUUUUAGAUUUUGAGCCAAUGUGGUAAGCACCCCGGUACUUAGCAAAUGCUUUGUCUAAAUCUUCAAUCAAGCGAUCAACAUCCUUCUCGAUACUAGAUGUUACAUAAUAACGUUUGUCAUUAUUGAAGCUGUGGUGGCAGCUCAGUCCAGUUUUGAGUUUACCAGUGUGGUGGGAUGGGGCGGGGGGGCGACGUUAUUUUUAACAUAACAGAGGGGGGGUUAGAACUAAUUUUUUUUGUUUUGGGGGGGGGGUACUGUCUAAGUUUUUGCUAGAUAACUCUAGUUUUUCAGCCCCCCGUCCUGAUAAUUAUUGCACAGUCCAUAAGUAAUUCCGUUCUAAUCCGCUUUGUUCACCUCUGAUGUUCACUUUAUUCAAAGCCGUCUUCCAGAAAAAAAGUAGAACAUCCAACAAACAUUAUCAGUAAAUAUUCUUGUAAAAUAACGAUGGCAUGCAAACGUAUUUCAACGAAAGUAAACGGACUUGAUGAGUUGUACUCAUAGGAUAUUAAAAUGUCAAUCUUCUUUGCUGAAUGAUCUGAAAAUAUUUAAAAACUAUCAUCAGCUUCAAUAGAUUAUAAGGAAUGUGAAAGAGAAAAAAAAAACGAAAGAACAAAUUCCUAACGUUUUUUUCGACCCUCUUCAGUUUCAUUAAUGUCGUCUUGGUACCCUUCAUCAGCAUUGCUGCUGUCGCCCGUAGCUUCUUCUUCAUCAUCGUUUAGAAAAACAUUUCUACAUUUCUAGGAUGUCAAUGAAACGGAAUUCUGAAGAUGAGCAAGGCUCUAAACCCAGAAAAAAAGCGCCGAAUUUUAAGCCGGAUAAAAUCACAAUUUUUUUCUCCAUGAGGUAAAAAGGAGAAAGAUGACUCUAUUCGGUACUUUAUCUCCUACACUGACAUUUAUAUUGAAAAUGCAAACAUGGUUGGAGGCUCACACAGCUAGUAUAGCCGCCGGGUUCCCACCAAGAACCAAGGAACAACUUAACAAGAAAUGGGAGGACUUGUCGUCAGCCACUAAAGCCAAAUACGCCAAACGAAAGAAGACUGGGGUGCAGGUGCAAUAGAGUGGACUGAUGGUGACGAGCUAGUCACCGAGAUACUCGGAAAAGAAAAUCCCUACCUCGUAUCUAUAGUUGGUGAAAUAGACUCUGGGGAUAAUAUCCAAGCCAGAGAACACACCCUUGAUGCUUCAAGUGGUGCCAUUGAGAAAUACAGCCUAUCGUCAACUUCAUCGUACCUUCCAGUAGGCCCAGAUAGGGUGGUUGAAUUAGACUGUGGCUAGAGAACUUCGGAGAAGGAGUAAGAAGAAAGCCGUUUAAGGGAAGAACAAACAAAAUAACCAAACUGUACCUGAUUCCGAGUCUGUUAGGGAAUAAGGACACAGAGAAAGGAACAUUAAGAACAUAUAUGAAGAGCAUUUAAAAGAAGAGCGUGAUUUCAAAAUGAGAACUCUAAAAAAGAAGGAACAGCGGCUUGAUCUUAAGUUGCAGUUGUUUAGACGAAAACUUAACAUUAACAAGUAGUUUAGAACCUGUGCUGAUAUUACAUUAAUAAAGUAUUUUUUAUUAUAUCGAAACUUCUCGGUCGAAUAAUUUUUUUUCGUUAAAUGAUGACACACUUUUUUCUGUCUAUAUAAAACGUUAUCUCAACCGGCUGAAUUUAUCAUCUAACAGAGGCUCAAGAGUGUUGGAAACGACCAGCUAAUUUCUUUGCACCCAUCGAUGGUUAACUUAAAAAAAUAGAGUGGGUCACUAAUAAAGUACUACAUCAAAGUUACCUGUGCCCUUAUGUGAGCCCGUAAGUAACUACGUAAAACAGAAACUUACGAGAGUGCUAAGUGCGUUCCAUGCAACACCCGUAAGUGUCCCCAUAACGGAUUCGUAAGUGACCUACUUAAGUGAGCACUUAAGUGCAGGUUUUAUGCAACCGGACCCUGCCCAGUAUUAUACAUUUUAACCAAUGUGCAUAUGUUAAAGGCAGGACUAUUUUUGAUGCGGUUAGAACAGUAGAAGACAUCUUAGAUUACACUGAGAGAUUUAAAAUAAACGGAAGAUUGAUAGAUAUAGAUUUCAAAAAGGCUUUUGAUUCUGUAAGCAGAAAAUUUCUUUUUCGUACCCUAUCUGCUGCUCGUUUUGGCCCUUCUUUUAUCCAUUGGAUUCACACUUUUUAUAACAAUAUUUCUAGCUGUGUUUCAAACAAUGGUUUUGCUACCGCACAUUUUGACAUUCAGCGUGGCGUUAGGCAGGGGGAUCCUCUUUCUCCGUACCUGUUUAUUGUCGUGUUAGAAACUUUGGCUUCAACGAUAAGGUCAGACGAAGAUAUUCGAGGUAUCAUGGUGGAUGGUCAGGAGAUCAAGUUAGGGCUAUUUGCUGAUGAUUUAACAGGGUUUUUGAAGAACGACAAAUCUCUAAUAAAGUUCCUCGAACUUGUGUUGCUGUUUGGUAAAUGCUCUGGUCUCGUUAUAAAAACCAUGAUAAGUCGGAAAUAUUGUUACUUGGAAACUCUUUCCCCGCGCCCCCCAACCUUAAUCAUACUCCUUUUAAAGACCUAAAGAUAAAGAUUUCCGUAAAGAUUUUAGGGGGUAUAUUUCACAUAUGAUCGCCGUCUCAGACGCAAACUUAAUUUCGAUGAAAUUACAAAAACCAUUAAGGAUAAGUUAAGAAUUUGGAAAUGGAGGGAUAUUACUAUCAUUGGUAGAAUUCAACUGGUCAAAACAUUUAUUAUCCCCACUUUCUUAUAUCGUGCUAGCUUAAUUUGUAUGGAUAAGGAAUUUGUAAAUGAAGUAAACAAAAUUAUAUUUGACUUUAUCUGGAAAGGUAAAGACAAAGUGAAACGUCGUGUGCUCGUUGGGGACAUUGAAGAUGGAGGAUUGAAAGCUCCCCACUUGGAUUCUAUUAAAACUCAAAGAAUAUUAUGCUGUAAAAAGCUCGCGAGUGAAGACCUUAGUAGCUGGAAAAUUAUUCUUCUUCAUUAUCUAAAACCAGUAGGUGGCAAAUUUAUCCUUGGCUGCAACUCCCUAACUCGACGCACUCCCUAA